GAGAGGGUUGAGAGAGAGAGGGAAAGAGAGAGGGUAGAGAGGGAUGGAGAGCGGGAGAGGGUUGAGAUAGAGAGGGAAAGAGAGAGGGUGGAGAGAGAGACACAAGGAGGUUUUGUGAGUCUGGAUGUAUGCAGUAACUUGGUGGGACUGGGGGGGAAUGACAGUGGUACCGGGAUGACUCCCCACCAACACAGAGAAACUGGAGAGAACAAAACCGACAAUCACAACAACCCUCCAACCCACAACCCACCCAAAAUCCUGCCUGUCUCUGGCAAACUAGAGCAGAAGAACUCGGGGCUGGUUCGUCCCUCUGCAUUCAAACCAGUGGUUCCCAAGAGCUUUCAUUCCAUGCAGAACCUCCUUGACCCAACCAGUGGGGGUGGAUGUGAGGGUAGGGGUGCGGGGGGGCAGAGAGAAGAAGGAGCAGGGGGAGGAGAACUAGUGGCAGUUCCAGAGGCCCUCCUCCUAGACCAGGACAGCCCAGGGAUGGGCAGAUGCCUGGCAGAGAGAGCAGGAGGGGGUAAGAGUAACAGAGGGGUCCAUGGAGGGAUGUCAGCUUCGGGGAGGAACUCUCUAACCAGCCUGCCCACAUAUGCAGGCUCUGGUUUGUGCUAUGGGCCUCAAGAGGCCCUGGGGUCUCUCAGUGCUUCUACCAGCAAUAUCAACAGACUAGGGACCACAGCUGGAGCUGCAGUGGCUCUGGAAAAGCUGGAGCAACCAGGCUACCAGCAGCUGAACCACCUGGGCGACACCCCAGCACCCCAACGUCCCACUCCUUCCUCUGAUGAUGUCAUCCAAGACCUGGAGAACCGGCUCUGGGAGAAGGAGCAAGAGAGCGAGGCCGCCAUCGUCCAGGUGUUUGAGGAGAAGCAGCGUGUGUGGGAGAGACAGAUGGAUGAGCUGGGGCAGAACUACGCCUCUCGUCUGCAGCAGGUGACCCGUCGCGCCCAGCGCUCCCAGAAUGCCCUGCAGGCCCAGAUCACCCGUCUGUCGCAGGACAAGCGACGUCUGCAGGAGGAGAUGGCUGCCCUGCUGGCCCAGAGAGAGGAUCUGGAGAGGAAGUGUCUGCACUUCAGGAUGGAACAGACUGACAUACUGCCACGCCUGGAUGAGACCAAGUGGGAGGUGUGUCAGAAGGCAGGGGAGAUCUCCCUGCUGAAGCAGCAGCUAAGGGAGAGCCAGGUGGAGCUGACCCAGCGGGCGGCGGAGAUGGUGGCCCUCAGGGGCCAGCUGAAGGAGGCCAAUUCCCAGCUUAGGGACCGGGAGGAGGCCAUGCUGGGCCUCAAGAACUCAUAUAGUUCCAAGAGCCUGGAGCUGGAGAGCUGCCAAGGAGAGCUGAGGAGGACGCUGACCGAGGUGUCUAUCCUGAGGGAGAAGCUGGGUGUGUUUGAGGCUGAGGUGCUGGGUCUUCAACAAGCUCUGUGGGAGAUGGGCGGAGGGGUUGAUCCUGCCAUAACCCAAACCCUAGGAGCUGUGGGGCUACUCCCACCCUGGGGGGCUCUCUACUGCCCCCGCACUCCCCCAGAGCCCUCGUCCACCCCUCUCACCCCCACCUCAGAUUCCCUGCUCAGCCUCCAGAGUGACGAGGCAAAAGCCCAGAGGCAAGAGGUGCAGAGAAAAGAGAGGCAGCAGCGUGAAGAGGCCCAGUGGCAUGACAUGCAACAGCGCCAGGAGGCCCACCAGCGCCUGAAAGCCCAUCUAUAUCAGGAGGCUCAUCUCCACCAGGAAGCCCAACUGCGCAAGGAAGCUCGACUUCAUCAGGGGGCCCACUUGUGUCAGGAGGCCCACUUCCACCAGGAGGCCCAGCAUAAGUGCCAAGAGACCCAGGUGGAAUCAGGGAACCUGCGUGAGCAGCUGGAUCAGCUCCAGGGGACUUUACGUCUAGAACGUCAACAGAGAGAGUGCCAGGCCCUUAGUUUCGACCAGGAACGAGACAGCUGGAUUGACGAGAAGGAGCAUGUGCUGAAAUACCAGGCACAGCUUCAGGUCAGCUAUGUGGAGACUCUACAGAAGAACCAGGCUCUGGAGCAACAGGUGGGACAGCUGGGGUCCAAACCCACCCCCACCUCCUCAUCCUCCAGCUCCCCUCCCCCACCACCGGCCCUGUCAAUUUUCCCUCCCAUGCACUCAGUCCCUCUCCCUGCUCCCCUUGCCCUAACCCCCUCCCCACCGCCUUGUGAGGACAUGAAAGGUUCCCCUUCCCUCCUCCAACUGCCCACCCCCUGGGCCGGACCCUCACGUCUAGAGAGGAUAGAGUCCACUGAGAUUUAGAGAGGCUCCAUUUUAUUUAAUAUCAACUUGAUUACAAACUACACAAUUGGAUAGGCUGCAAGACAGAUUAAACUACAACGCAGAACUGCACAAUAUAUAGUGAAAACAACCAAUGCAAACUGAACAGCAGAGAACCAUACAAUUGAGUUUAGACUAUGAACACAAACUAUAAAGAGCAUAGAACUACAAAAAAACAUAAACUGAACUGCUACACUGUAGAAUGCAAUACAAACUGUCAUUGACAUGGUUUAGGUUAAAUAUUGAAAUUCUUUGCCUUUAAUGUAAAGUAUCCAGGCAGUCUUGGUGGGAAGCAGUGACACUUAAAGGGAAGCAAGGAUGGCACCAAAAGUUGCAAGACAAUAACAUUGUAGCUUGAUAACGUUAUUCCUCUGGAAGGUUUAGUGCCAACCUGGAGGGUAGUUUGCCAAAUCGCAUGUCUAUGGUAAUGAGACAUUAGGUCAGGAGAUAAGAAAAUCAUAUUUUAAGAAGAUUUUAGAUGAUAAUCAAGAGUGAUGUUUUGGAGAAUGUGUUUGUCUUUGGCAUUUCUGGGGUGAUGAUACUCAGGUGUGUGAGGGGAUGUUUUGGAGAAUGUGCUUGUCUUUGGCAUUUCUGGGGUGAUGAUACUCAGGUGUGUGAGGGGAUGUUUUGGAGAAUGUGCUUGUCUUUGGCAUUUCUGGGGUGAUGAUACUCAGGUGUGUGAGGGGA